CCUCUAUUUUUAAACAUUACAUACAUUUUCAGUUGUAAUCAAUUAGUGGGCUACUUAGAGAUAUAAAAAUUUGACGUCAUACACUGAAUAAUACGCAAUAUAUGUUUAAUUUCUGCAAACCACAUCCUAUUAGUAAACCAUUGUGUAGAAGGAAAAUUACUUGUUGUGUAAAACUCCUAAACAUGGAAGGAGCAAACAGAAACGGCCAAAAUCUUAAAGAUUUCCAUCAGUUAAAAAAUAUAAUAGAGAAGCAAAUUGACUUCAAAAUACAACAAACAUCGUACUGUACAAAAAAUUAUUACGUACAACCAAUAGUUUUCCCAACACUACCUAAAAACAAUGUUAAAUCAUCAUCAACAUUUGAACAAUCAUCAACAGAUCAUGCAAGUUCUGAAAUAUAUUUUAAAAUAACUGGGAAAACAUUUUAUAAAUUAAUGGAUUUUAUAAGCAAAAAAGGAAUAAAGGAUCACGACACGUCCAACAUCGAUACGAUUUACGAUUAUUUACAAUCCGAUGUGCUUUCUAUAAGAAUGAAGAUAAAGUCAUCGAAUUUCGAAACGUUUAAAUCAUGCGGAAAUGAAACCGUAAAAGAUGUUUGCGAGAACCUGAAGGAUGUUGAAAGCACAAUAAAAUCUGAUAAUAAAAAUAAAAUUUGUACACCGAAAUAUCACUCUUUAAUAUGUGAACUCAUUGAAAGCGAGUAUAAUUAUGUCGGUGAUUUACACAAUUUGUAUCAUAAUUACGUUCUUUAUUUUAAAAGGGAAACAUUUCAAAAUUUCUCAGAAAUUUACGAAUUUUUUACAAUUAUCGAACAAAUUAAUUUCGAACAAGGAGAAUUUUACAAACAACUAAUGACAUACAAAAGCAUCGAAGAUGUUGCAUCCCACUUUAUUGAAAACGAGAAAUUAUUCGCUUUGUACAGAAAUUAUAUUUUAAACGUCAACGAUGCAAUUAAUUUUUUGACCAUCAAACAUAGAUUUGAAGUUUUAAAACGCCAACAAGAAUUGGGACACGUAAAAUCAUUAGAGGAGCAUUUAUUAUUACCAAUUCAACGAUUAAACGAAUACAUUUCAUUAUUAGAAAAUCUCGAAACUCAUCUAGAACAAAAUCGGAUAUCAUCAACGAAAGUAAACGCAGUUUUAUUAAUUUUCAAAAAACUUCUAACCACUUCAAAAAGCGACACGAAAAUCGUUGAAUCUAUCACAGAUCGACCAAAAAGUUUAGUAAAUUACGGCGGGUUUAUCAUGAAACAACCCUUUUAUAUCCGAAAGAUGAGCACUAGUUUUAAAAUAAUCGUUUUCUUAUUUCAAGAAGUCGUCAUUUUUACUAUUCCGAAAGAUAUAGAACGUUAUACUUACGUUCAUAGUAUUUUCAUGAAAGAUUUGUAUAUACGUCCAAUUUCGGAGGUUAAACAUUCAUUUGAAUUGAUGGAUUUUCAUAAUCGUAGUGAUAAUAAUGAAAAGAACGCUUAUAUUUUGGAAACUAGGGAUCCUACAAUUAAAAAUACAUGGGUUGAAGUUAUCGAAUCUUUACUUUGGGAACAAUUAAUGAUUUGUAAGAGAAAAGUAAAAGAAAAUUUGAACAUGGACAAACCGAUUUAGAUUUAAAGAUACUUGUGGAAUAGUUUUAAGUUUUAAUUAAAUUUAAUCAUGUAUAUGUUAUGGUUGAUGUAAUAAAUCCAAUUUUUAUGAAUA